AAGGCACCAUCAGUCUCCAGGAUCCUGGGUGUGUGCAAUCAGCUCAGCGCCUAAGAGAGAAACACCAGGAACAUCUCAACGUGAGUCCAGCUGUGCCUGUCAUCUGUCAUCUCGUUUCUUUCUCCUUCUCCAGCGGACGGCCUAAGGAUGGGACAUUCUCCGAGCUAGUUUCCGAAGAGGACACGAAUACAAGGGUUGGGACUGUGCUAUAAAACUACUUGGUUGCGCCUCCAGUCGCAUCAUUUACCUCCAGAGAAGAAACAGCAACAUAGCAGAGAUGCAGACUUUCCUGAAAGGCCGGAAAGUCGGCUAUUGGCUCAGCGAAAAGAAGAUGAAGAAACUGAAUUUUCAGGCCUUUGCUGAUUUGUGCAGGAAAAGGGGAAUAGAAGUUGUUCAGCUGGACCUCAGCCAACCUCUGGAGGACCAGGGUCCCCUGGAUGUCAUCAUCCACAAACUGACUGACCUCAUCCUGGAAGCUGACCAGAAUGAUUCUCAAGCUGUUCUUUUGGUGCAAAGAGUACAGGACUACAUUGAUGCCCAUCCUGAGACUAUCGUCCUUGACCCACUUCCAGCCAUUCGAACACUGCUGGAUCGCUGCAAGUCCUACCAGCUUGUCCACAGAAUAGAAAGCUGUAUGCAAGAUGAGAGGAUUUGCUCUCCUCCAUUCAUGGUCCUUAACACGGAGUGCACCCCAGAUGUGCUGGAGCAGAUCAAGAGGCAAGGACUCACAUUCCCCUUCAUUUGCAAAACACGAGUGGCUCAUGGCACCAACUCCCAUGAGAUGGCUAUUAUCUUCAGUGAAGAGGACCUGAAGGAUGUGAAGCCUCCGUGCGUGAUCCAGAGCUUCAUCAACCACAAUGCAGUGCUCUAUAAGGUGUUUGUGGUGGGAGACUCCUACACUGUGGUGGAGAGACCAUCCCUGAAGAACUUCCCUGCCGGACCUGCAGACAGGAAAGCCAUUUUCUUCAACAGCCACAAUGUUUCCAAACCAGAAUCGUCUUCAGAUUUAACAUCGCGAGAGAAUGUAGAGGGAGUGUCUCAGCCACCAAACGAGGAUGUCAUCAGAGAGUUGUCCAGGUCACUGCGACAGGCGCUGGGAGUGUCUCUGUUUGGCAUCGACGUGAUCAUCAACAACCAAACAGGCCAACAUGCUAUCAUUGACAUCAAUGCAUUCCCUGGUUAUGAGGGUGUCCCAGAAUUUUUCAACGAUCUGCUGAACCACAUAAGCAGUGUGCUCCAGAGCCACAACCCUGACUUUGCACCUACCACCGAGCAGUCCAAAGGCCUGCCGGUGAGCACCACAGUACCCAGCGCCGCCCCGCCGGCCCCAGGCUGCUGCAGCAGUAUGCGGGGAAAAGAGAUGCAGAGAUUGGGGUGCAACUCGGCCAUGUCCCCCAACUUCCAGCAGCACUGUGUCUCCACAAUAGCUACCAAGGCUUCCUCCCAGUGACUAAUCUCCUGUCCUACUUCGUUUGAUCCCUGACGAAAAUUAAAAAAAAGAAAAUCACAGUGGUGACAAAAAUAAUAAUAAUUAAAAUAAUCAUAGUAAUUAUGAUGUUAAUAAUAUAUCUAAUCAAAAAAUAAGCCUUUUCCUAUAUAGUUACUGAAAAUAUUGGUGAUUGGGUGUAAGCUUUCUCUCUUUCUGCCUUUUGUAUUUUUUCUUUUGUCUAAUGAGACUUUAACAGUACUGUAAUGUGAACUUUUGGGAACUUUUGCCUCAUAGCUGAUUUUUAUUUUUCUCUCUCGUGUGAGGUCUUUGUAAUGAAAGGGUCCAGAUGAGGUAGCUAAUGGGAAUGGCCUAAAUCCGGACUGGAGAAAGAUGCGCCACUCAAUGUGCAAUGUAUGACCCCUUGUAUCUCACACACAAAUAUUUACACACAGGCACAUUUACACUGCGACAAAUCAUACCAGUGAUGUGUGUUUGUAUUCUGGUCAAUACCACUGAUGAAGAAGAGAUAGCUGGGCAUUUGAACACUACUCCACAGAUCCUUGGCUGCUGUUGAAUUGCAGUCAGCAUGACGGCAGCGGCCAUCCUGGAUCUGAACAUGGAUGAUAGGAUGGUUUUAUUAGUUUGAACAAACAUGAGCUGUUUAUUUUUCUGAGUGCCAUCAAAUUUACUUUGCAGGAGGGAUGUCUGCAGAUCAAUAGGAUUUUUUUCAAAGGCUUAAAAAGGAAGAAAAGUGGAUCUCCGUAACCAUGACCAAGUUUUUUUUUUUUAAGUCGAUAAUUCUCACACCAAGUGCAGGUUUUAAGUGUUUUUCGUUUACGAAAUGGCAGAUGUUUGGUGUCCAACAAACAUCUUUUGGGUCUCAGUUUGAGUCGUUCUAGCAAAGGAGACGAGGAUCACAUUCCCCCUUUUUUUGUGUUUCUGGAUGUUUUCUGAGAAAUUCCAUGAUUUUGCAGAAUUCCAUUGGGAUCUUGUGAGAUUUCUCACCUCCCAUCAUGGGUUUGUCGUCUCCUUAAACAGAAUCUCCACUUGUCUUCACUUCUUGUAUCUCAAAUGUGAGCAAACUUAUCCUGAGGCCAACUUGAUGAAUCAACUAAUUUGGGUCUGUUGUGUAGCUUUUUUGCUUUUAAUUUAUUAAAAAAAAAAAAAAAAAAAAACAAUUAUCCACUAAAAUAUAGGUUGAAUGUGUGCAAGAACACCCUCCUAAGUUGGGUAUUUAUUUUGCAGUUGUUUAAAGAUAGUUGACUAAAUUAUACCGCUUUGUCACAUAGCACUUCCUACAAACAUGGCUUCUCUUAAUCAAACCUGAAGUCCAGUUGCUCCAUUUGCUUCAAGCUCAGUUCUUUGACCCAUGUUUUCUUCCAGCUGCUGUAUUUGUAUCACAUGUUUAAAUGUGGUGGGAGGAGUUUGAGCUGUUGUUCCCAGCAUUCACUGUGAGAUUUACUCCAAUUUGUUAAUAUCGUUGUCUUGACAUCUACUGAGAGCAAUUUUAUUUUAUUGAGAUUUUAUGGGGAAAAUGUUUUAUAUAAAUGAAAUGAAAUGAAAGCAGCAAUGUUUUUGAACAAGUGGAUAUUUACUUGAGGAACGGUAAAAUGCUGGGUCAGGCCAUGCAGGCGGCAUCAAAGGGACAGAUGAGCUCGAGGUUGCAUCUUGUGGGAUUGAGUGCCAACCUGCAGCGCAUACAGAUCAUUGCAUUCCUGUAAGUCUGCCUCUUCCUCCAUCGUCUUGUGGAGCUGCUUCUAGCUAAUGCCCUCCAUCAUUAUCCAAGGGAAAUAAUUGUCCAUUUGCUUGUUUUGUAACCAUAAAAAAUUAUAUCACUGCAGCCACCUCACCAGCAUUUCUCCAGGACAAAAAGAUAAGUUUGGAAAUUGAUCAUUUAACACUGCAUUAUGAGAUUAUUUUUACAACAUGGUUAGCACCAACUUUUAAUGUCUCAACUUUUGAGUUUUCAGAAGCAACUUAAAUUUGAAGCAGGUUGAGGGGACUGAGGGUGUUUCCUCACCUGGUGAUUGGAGGUAGUGUGUGAGGGCAUUUCAUUGGGUUGGUUGGAGAAAUUGUCCCAUUUUGUGUUCCUUACUGUUUCUACAAGGGGGUAAUAAAGUUAAUACUGCAGUUGGUUAUUUCUGCAACCCAGACUGUCAUGCUCCCCACCUCCACCUGAAUGUUCACUUCGUGGGUAUCUUGUACAGCAUGUGUAUAUGCACCUAGGCUUCCAUCUGUGCAGGUUGUUUUUUUUUUUUUUUUUUUUUUUUUUUUACCAGUUCUGUAAUAAAGAAUCCACAAUUUUGACUUUUUUUGUAAAUUAAAGGGCCAAUUCAACAGGGAA